UCUGGCCUCAGAACCCACAGUUUAGACUCAGAGCUGAAGUCUGAACUCCACCUUGAGGCAGAAUGAGGUUCUCCCUGGGAUUUCUGCUUCUCAUGCUGUUGGUCUACAGCAUCACUCCAGUCCAUGGUGUUCUGGAGGCCUUUAACACAAACUUAAAGUGUAAAUGCGUCCAAGAGACCUCAGCCUUUAUCCCCAUCCAACUCAUUGAAAAGCUUCAGGUCUUGCCUCCUGGGAAUGGGUGCCCAAACAAAGAAAUCAUAGUUUGGAAGAAGAACAAGUCAGUUGUAUGCUUGAACCCUCAAGCUAAAUGGAUACUAAAAUUAAUAAAAAUGUUACAGAGAAAAAGUGCUGUUUCAACCCCAUGAGCUCCAGUGUUUAAGAAAAGAGUCAACUGAUGCCAAUAUCCCUACUAAGGACACCUGCAUAUGCCUCUCCUCCUGCUCUGGGUUUUAGUUUUGUAUUUGGCUGAGUCUUUCCAAGAAAAAGAACUUCCCCAUAUAAGCAAGCAUGAAAAUAUAUGUUAAAUAAGCUUACAGAAGCUGAUAUGGCCAACUUGAGCUUUUUAAAAAUUAUAGUACCCUUAUACACUUGGACUUUGCAUUCUUAUUAAUCAGGAAGAAAGUUUCCUUGAGGAUACUUAGUAAUAAAUCACAUCGGUUUCUUUGAAUAGUAUACCUCUUGUUUACGCUAAAUUUUCCUAGAAACUAGGGGAACAAGAAUUUAAACCUCAAAUCUGAACAUGUGGCUUGAAUUAAGAAGGAAAUGAUGGAAUUCAUUUCAAUCAUUUCACACCAAAAGAAAAGCAGGCUUCCAUAAGAGACUGAAACCUGCCUGGGAAACCCAGGGAAUUUCAUAAGAGACAGAGGGCUCUCACAGUAGCUACCUUCCAUUUAAAAGCUCACUAUUGAAAAAAAUGGAGUCCUUUUCAUUCGAAAGAGUUCUUUUACAAGAUUUACUGUCCUGGACAAAAACUAAUAACAUUCAACAAUCUCCAGACUUAAAUUCGUAGAAUAUUCAGGAAAAGCAUUUAAAAACUGAUAUUCAGAUGUCUUCUUUUAUACAUUUGCUUUGACGAACUUUUCUUACUCAUAUCUUUUGCACAGACUUUUUUUUCCCUUGGUCUCUGGUACCUGAUUCUUUAAUGCUUCCUGUUGAUCUAAUGCUAUUCAAUAAACUCAAGUAAAUGUUUUACUUAA